AUUUCUAAACGAAUGCUUUUAAAUGACUUCAUUAGAUAUUUAGUUGAUUUGUUGAUCUACAGGUAUACUGGUAUACAAGGAACUGCUUUUAGUAAUGAACUACCAGUGCUUCACUAACAAACAACUCAAUGCACUUGUUUUUAAAUUUAAUAUUUUUUAAAAUGUAAUUUUUCUAAAUAAAUAAAAGGAUUUUUGUCGAAAUUAUUUAAUAUUUUUUUAUGAAAAAGUGUUUUUAGACUUUAUUCAGAUAUACAUAUUUUUGUGAAGAUUUAUAUCGAAGUGAUUGUUAUAGUGAUGGGAUGUCCACUGCCGAAGCCGCCGACCACUGAGUACAAUACGGCUACUAACAGGAAUACACCCACCAAUACAAACCAAUCGGAUCAACCACUGGCUGAUCCAAGAUUACCAUUAAAUGUAAGACAAAAGUUUAAUAUUUCAAAAUCAUGGAAAGGUAUCGCACGUGCUAUGGAACGGACGGGUAUUACUAUGUUUGUCAAAUUGUUUGAAGAUAAUAGAGAUUUGUUGAGUCUAUUUGAGAAGUUUCAGACAUUGAAGACUCGGGAGUCACAGAUGGAGAGUAUGGAACUCGCAGAACACGCCUCCCUUGUGAUGACCUCUUUAGAUGAAGCCAUCAAUUCACUCGAUAACGUCGACUAUUUCAUUGAAUACCUGCACUCAAUCGGAAAACUACAUCACAAAGUGCCAGGAUUUCAAAAAGACUAUUUCUGGAAAAUUGAGACACCAUUUCUGGAAGCAGUGAAAGAGACUUUAGAUGAAAGAUAUACUGAAAAUAUGGAGAAUAUAUAUAAGAUAAUCAUUAAAUUCAUAUUACAAACACUGGUUGAUGGAUAUGACUCCUCCGGUGGAGACAAGAAGGAUGCCAUCACCACAAAGACUAUUGAAGUCAAUGUCGAUGUGCCAAAUGAGUCGUGAUUUGCGAAGAUAUCAUUGUUGCCAUUCAAUGUACAUAUGAUUUCAUUAGUAUCAAUGAUAUGGUGUCAUAUAAACUAAGAGCUCCCAAAACAAAACAAAUUGUGUAUAAAAUCUCGUCAAAAGCCGUCUUCACUUUCAAAUUGAUAAAAAAACUGUAUUAAUAACUAAGUUUGAAAUUUGUUGCAAUUUUAUCUUUAGAUUCAACUUUUAUAACUAUAUUUAAAACAUAUUAUAUUGAAUUUUUUUG